AUGAAAACUACUGUCAUAUCUAUCCUCAUCCUCUCCUUUUUCUCCUCCAACGUUGCAGGUGUGAAGCCUUCCCGCGGUCUGCUGCCUGCCCGGCGGCCCGAACUUCACCCUUUAGCUUCUAAGGAGCUCCCGCCUAUCCCAGGUAUCUGUCUCAUGGUGAUGGUACCAGCAAAGUCAACUGAAAAGCCGAGGCAAGUAUGUAAAGCUGUAGAAGGAUCGGAGUACAAGGUAGGAUUCCACAUACCUAGCAAAGUCUACGAAGAGUCUUGUGAUGCUCAAUCUCCGGCGGCAUUAAUCGUGCCGCUACAAAGAUAG